UACAUAAGGUUCCGCAGAAGCAUCCCUCUUGAACUUACCAACAGAAGGAGCCCUGAUUCACCAAAUUUUCAAGCACAAACACAAUCAAGAUCAAGACAUUCAGGGAUAGACAGGAAAGUGAUUGAAGCACUCCCAUUUUUCAUGUUCUCUUCCCUUAAGGGGUCCAAACAAGGCCUAGAGUGCACAGUUUGCUUGUCACAGUUUGAGGACACUGAGAUUCUUAGGCUCUUGCCAAAGUGCAAACAUGCUUUCCACAUGAAUUGCAUUGACAAGUGGUUAGAAAGUCACUCUACAUGCCCUCUUUGCAGGAAUAAUAUUGACCCCUUAGACAUCAAGAACUUCACCUACUCAAUCAGUUCAAGGUCCCUAAGAGUUCCUUCAAAUUUAACCGAUGACACUAACCUUGAAAUCUUAGUACACAGGGAACCUUCUUCCCAUCAAGGCUCAUCAUCAUCAUCAAGGUUUAACAUCGGAAGCAUGUUUUGGAAUUUGGGUUGGAGCAACAAGAAAAACCUUCUCGUUGACCAAGAGGUAUGUGGAACAAAUGGGACACACGUGCACAAGUUCUAUCACAAAAUUGUUGUCUCUGAUGUUGUUAGAAGAAGCAGGUGGAGUGAUCUUAACUCUUCGGACAUAUUAUCAUUGAAGAGUGAGAUGAUUCAUCAUGUUUCAAUUGGAAGAUUCUCUCCCUCUAAUGAAACUUUUUGUGGAAAUCCGAGCCUUUCCUCUAUUUUCAACGAGGAUGAAAGUUCAUUUACGUUAUUGAAUAUAGCUCAGAAGAGAUCUAUGUCUGAUAUUGCUCAUAUUCCAAGGUUGAUAGAAACAUGCAAGCAGAAUAAAAUGGAACCAGGUGAGGCAUCAAGUGGGAAUAACGAGAGGGAGGAGAGGAUGAGAAGGAUUUGGUUGACAAUUGCUCAACGAACAGUGCAAUGGUUUGCAGGACAAGAAAGAAAUUCAACAGAUUUAGAGAUAAAACAUUUAGCUUCGGAUGUUUGAUUUGGUACAACUUUGUAUCCAGCAACAAGUGUAAACUUUACUUUUUGUGCUUUUAAUCGAAGAUAUAUAAAAGGUUUAAUAGUCUUUUGUUCUAAUUUUUGUGGGACUUGU